GAGGGGAGGGGGGGAAGAGAGGGAGAGAGAAUCCCAAGUGGACUCCAUGUUUGUUGUCAGUGCAGAGCCCGACAUGGGGCUCAACCCCAUGGAAUGGGAGAUAAUGACCAGAGCCAAAACCAAGAGUCAGACACUCAACUAACUGAGCUACCCAGGCACCCCAAUACUUCCAGAUUUUAAAAUGUACUACAAAGCUAUAGUAAUCAAGACCAUGUCAUACUAGCAUAAGGAUAAACUUACAAAUCAAUGAGGUAGAAUUGAGAAUCUGUAAGUAAGUCUUUGUGUUUACUGUUAAUAGAUUUUUUUUUUUUUUUGGACAUGGGCACUGAAAGAUUUCAGUGGGGAAAAACAGUCUUUUCAACAAAUGGUGCUGGGACAACUAGAUGACUGUAUAUGAAAUAUUGAGGUUGGGUCCCAUCUUCACACCAUACACAAAAAUUAGAAUGUGUGUGUGAAAGACUUAAAUAUAAGAGCUAAAACUAUAAAACAGAAGAAAACUCAGGCAUAAAUCUUUGUGACCUUGGAUUAGACCACAGUUCCUGACAUGUGACACCAAAAGCACAUGCAACAAAAGAAAAUCUGUUAGUUUGACUCAUCAAAAUGAAAACUAUUAGAAAAAAAUUUAAAACUAUUGUGCAUCAAAGGACACUAUCAAGGGAGUGAAAAGACAACACAUGGAAUGGGGGAAAAUAUUUGCAAAUCAUUUAUCUGAUAAGGGACCGGUAUCCAGAGUAUAUAAAGAAUUCCGUCAACUCUAACAAAAAAAACCUAAUUCAAAGAAAAAAAAAGGUAAAGGACUUGAGUAGACAUUUCUCCGGAGAAGAUACACAAAUGGCCAAGAAGUACAUGAAAAGCUCCUCAGCAUCAUUAGUCAGAGGGAAAUGGAAACCAAAACCGCAGUGAGAUACCACUUCACACUCAUGAUGACUGGAGACAUUGGGACCUCCUGUGUUGCUGGAUGGAAUGUGAAGUGGUGCAGUCACUGUGGAAAACUGUGAUGAUUCCUCAAAAAAUUAAACAGUUACCAAAUGUCGACAAAAGCUUGUACAUAAGUAUUCAUAGCAUUAUUCAUAAUAGCCCAAAGUAGAAAUAAUCCAAAUGUUUAUCAGUUGAUGGAUGGAUAGAGAAAAAGUGGUAUCUCCAUACAGUGAAAUAUUAUUUGGCCAUAUAAAAAAAUGAAAUAACUGAAACAUGCUAUAACAUAGGUGAGCCUAUAGAAAGAGUGUAUUAGUUUCCUGUAGCUGCUGUAACUAAUUACCAGACUUUGGAGACUCCAGUCUCUGGGCUGUUGGCUUUGGCCUCUUGGCCUAAAACUCUGCCCUUGUGGUCAUCUUUCCUUUUCUUAAGGAAUAGCACAUGUUUGCAGCUGAGUGAUUUUAUCAGGCUAUUUUCUGCCUGUAGAAUUUUGGGAGUCUGACACCCUUCUUUGAUUUCUUCUAGUCUCUCUCCUUUUCAGGCCAACCUGGCACUGUUUUUGCUGGUGUAACACUCAAAUGCCUUCGUGGGUCUCCUGUAUGUGUGACAAGAUUCACCCCAUUAGACCAGGGAUUUCUCCACCGGUCUUUCCUGUAUGAUUUCUUCCCUGGCCUUGGCUUCUGUGAGAUAAUUGAGGGGAUUCGUGAAUCCUGUGCCCAGUCUCCUUGGCACUAGCAAAAUUUGUGUCAAGCCACACCCUUGGCCUUUUCUCCAGAGCACACCUUCCUAACAGUGAAUCUCCUCAUUUUAGCAAUUUGGGUAGCCUGGGAGUUUCCCAAACCACCAAGUCCAGGUUCCAUUUUGCUUGAUAGUUCUUCCCUCAGUUUCUUUCUCUUCUCGCAUUUUACUCUGAGCAGCAAGAAGAAAGCAGGCCAGAACUUCAACAUUUUGCUUGGAAGUCUUCUCAGCCGAAUAUCCAAAUUUGUUGCUUACAAGUUCUGCCUUCCCCACAAGUAGGAUACAGCUAAACUUCCUGUCACUAGCUAACAAGGAUUCUCUGUUUCUCAUUUCCUCUGAGUCCUCCCCAGAAACAUCUUUCACAUUCAUCUACCAACAUACUAUUUUUGAUGAUAACGUGUCUUCUCCAAGAUGAUACAGAGCUUUCUCUGCCAGGUUCCUCACUUCCUUGUGAAUCCUAAGUGGCAGAGUCAUUGGCAUGCGUGUUUGCCUGACUCACUCUUUUUUAUCCCUUAUUUCUUAUAAACGGAGUAUUAGAUGGAAAGAGCCCAGGGUGCAGUGAUUUCAUUAGCAAGAAUAUGUCUGAGAUGGUGCCAUGUAUUUGUAUUUCCCCACGAGACAACAGCUGGUCAGGAGUUCAGAGAGUGACAGCCUGACUCUUCUCCUAAAAGUUCCCUAUCCACUUAUCACCUCAUGUUCCACCAUUUAACUGGGUAUUGCAAAGUGGUAAUUGUCCUUAAUUCUGGCUUUCCUUACACAUUUAUUACAAGGAAUUUUGCUGCGAAGAAGGGUUUUCUUUCAUCAACCAGGGAUCCUUGGUUGCUUGAAACACAGCCAAUUCUGAACCCCCCAGGGAUGCUUUCUAGUCCAUUGUCCCUUUGUAACCCAAGGACUUGCUACCCUUGGUUUCCCCCCCCCCCCCACCCUGCCAGGGGGGAGGUGAUCAAUAGGGCUUGGGAAUGGGAAUGAGGGUAGAUUCUCUUCCUGUGACUAUUAGGAGCUUGGGGCUGUGCAUUUCGUGUAUUUCAGUCCAUUGCAGUGGUUCAUUUUGAUGCUUCUGUGUUCCCUUCCUCAUGGAGGGGCAGCCCCCAAGCUCCCUCCUGUCCCUCUUAGGGCCCCUUAUCAUGACUUCUUUCAUCUUUUGCAGCUUACUUGCGUCUUGGUCCCGGAAUGGGCCGUUCCUCUAUGGAGCCCUGGUUCCUUUUUGAGGCUGAAAUGGUAUUUAGAGCAUGCCGUGUGGGCACUGGUGCUGAUGGCUUCUGCACCUAUUUGCGAAGAGAGCUAAGAAGUAAUAUGUUUUUGUGGUAACAGCGACAACCUCAAAAACCGCGUAAUUUCACACUGAUAUUUCCCAUUCCAGUUUAACCUUACAGGGUUUUACUUUCAUUUUAAACAUGUAUCUUUUCUCUUAAUGUGAACAUCUUGGCUUCUAAUAUUAGCAUAAUUACUUGCUUUACUCUAAAAUACUUUUGGGGGCGCCUGGCUGGUUCAGUCGGAGGAGCAUGCAACUCUUGAUCUCGGGGUUGUGAGUUCGACCCCCAUGUUUGGGGUGUAGAGAUUACUAAAAAAGUUUUAAAACUUCAAGAUAAAAUAAAAUACCUUUGGAAUAAACAGACUAAUAUUACCACUAAUAUUGGUAACAUAAUAACAAAAUGUGGAAUGAAGUUUAAGAUUUCUUUGCAGCUCUGUUUGCCCUUAAAAUGUAUCCCUUACACUAAGGACAUGCAGUUUUUUGUUUUGUUUGCUUUUUCUUUUUUAAAAUGAUCUCUCAAAAGGUUCUUUUCACUGUAUGAUUUUGACACCAUCUUGAUAGUUAACUCAUAUGUUUCAGUUUAUUUUGAAUUUUUAGGAAUUGUACUUUUUCUUUUGGUUUAGUAUUAUCUUCAAUUUGAUUUUUUUUUUUUUAAUGUACAUGCUUCCAAUGUGAAAACCAUAUAACAAGGUGUGAAGUCUCAUUUCCAGCCCAAUCCCUGAUACCUCUGGGAGUAACUGUUAAUCUUCAAUUUUAGUUUAUCCUUCCAACAUUUCUUUUUGCAGAUACAAGCAUACAUAUGUAUUCAGAUUCCCCAUGUCUUAUACAAAAGGUAGUGUAUAGCGUGUAGGGUGUGGUGUCUAGAAUUUUAUAUGGAGCCUGUGUGUGUCCCUGCUCCUGCUGCUCCCUCCACAUCCCUGUUGGGGAGACAUCUUUUACCCUUGUCGUUUGGGCCUUCAUGCUAGACUUGCAUGGGUCAAGCUGGGGUUUGAACUGUAUAAAGCUUUUCUCCCCACAUUUCUAUCUUCUCAUUGGCAAACUGGACACCACGCACCUGCCUCAGUAGGUGGUUGGAAGAAUUAAAAGCAUUGAUAUAUGUAAAGGUUUAGAGCUGUGCCUGGCACCACGUAAAUGCCAGGGUAUUAGCUGUUACUGCCUUGGUCUGGUAAUACCCAGCCUCACGUGCAGCCCUGACACUUAGAUUUUUGAUGUUGAGCGGGACAGAUCAUAAAGGCUGAGCGAAUGUAAGGGACAUCACACACUCUUCAGCCCUUUCUCUGUAAUAGUCCUGGAGAGGUGGGGUGCUUUGGAGCAGAAGGGAGUAGUAGAAUUUGAGAAUUCUCACGCCGGGAAGGUCAGUCAGCACCUAUGACUUAGGAGCCAUGGGAGUAAAAUAGCCCACCCUGGGGGACGUGAGCGGUGCAGUCUCAGACCCCAGGGUCUACUGAGGGAGGAACACUGGCAGCAGAUGUGCAGCGCUCCACUCCUAGUGGUUCCUGGGUGGCCUGGCUUUGCGAGAAAUUUGGAGAUGUAUUUAACCUGCAAGAAAACCUCUUGGCAGCCGCGUGACUGCUUUCUGUGCCCAUGUCUACUGUGAGGUAGCCAGAUCUGUGCCCCAGGCCUUCUCAGGCUGGUCUAGUCUGGUCCCCAGAGCCUCCACUCUACUCACUUGGCAGUGAGUGGGGUGGCCUUAGCCAGGAACAGACCACUCUGGCCAUCCAGCUCUGGGCCAGGGACUGCAGUAGGGCUUUGAGUACCCAGUCCUGGUUCUGUAUUCAAGGCUUUGGGGACAUGCUCCUGAGCCCCAUUUUUAUUGUAUCUUGUGUCUGAGUAAAGUAUCUAGUUGCUUUUUCAACCUGCUUCCUCAUUUUAUCUUUUCUUUUUUAAUACUUAUUUUUGAGAGAAAGAGUGAGAGUGCAUACAGGUGGGGGAGGGGCGGGGAGAGAGGGGAGACAGGAUCUGAAGUGGGCUCUGUGUGGGCAGCUUCAGCACUGACGGCAACGAGCCCAAUGCAGGGCUCGAACUCACAAACUGCGAGACCGUGACCAGAGCCAAAGUUGGACAUUCAGCCGAUUGAGCCACCCGGUCACCCUUUGUUUUAUCUUUUAUGGAAAUAGAUAAAACUCAGCAAGUUCUUUUAAGGUAUCCCCAAUUUAACAGAUGGCCCAAGGCCCUAACAAGAUGUCAGACAUUGACCUGGCAACCUCCCAAUUUUUGUCCCCUUGUACUUGGCCGCCUUACUUCCUGAGCUUCCUUCAGGCCCGCCACCUCCUUGCUCCCUGCUCACCACACUGCUGUCCUUCAAGGACCAGGUGAUCCAUAGGCAGGAGUUCCCGGCUCUAGGGGGGCUCCCUUUACCCUCAGCAUAUUGUCUUUCCUACUGGAAAUUGGUGGGAGGAGUUGGAAAUUGGGAGUGUUGACAACACCCGCUAAAUGUCCCUUUGCUCCAGGAGAGGCUCACUGUCCCUCUCUUUGUACCUGCCCCCCUUUGCACGUUCUUAUCCCAACUUUGCCUUUCCCCCAGGCCUUUUCCCCUCGUGUUUGCCUCUGCUGAUUCCCCUGGCCAAAAAAGAGUGGUGGGGUGAAGUUUGGGGGUGAGUGAGGAGUAAUGAAGAUUUAGAAAGUGUGCUUAUAUUUUUUCAUUCACCUGAGACCACUUUUCCCCAAAGGUGUUCUUAAGACAGUGGGUUUACUCUUGUGCCUGCGUUCACUGGCAUGUGUUCCCAGGGUAGUACCUCCACAGGUGCUGCGCGCAGCUGGGUUCUGGGUUGUGUGGGUGUCAUCCCAUCAGCCUGCUGUCUAGUGGCCUCUCUGUGUCACAGUGACUUAGGAGGGUCGUGCAAGCAGGAUGGAGAAUGAAGGCUUUGCCUUAUUGGGGCUGCCUUGCCAGAGGAACGGGUAUUUCAAGGAGGGGAAGGAUGGGACAGCUUCGCUGAAAUAAGAAUUUAACUCAGACAUUCCUUUGUUGACUACAGGACAAACUCACAGUAGUGAUUUCCCCAAAACACCUGGGAGCGAGUGUCCUUAGUCGCAAAGAGGUCAAUCAGUAGAAGGCAGGCUCUGCUGUGCAGUUCCAGAAACCCGGCAGCUGGCAAAAAGCAGGCCCUCGGCAGUGGCCUUCACCUGCCACCCUUGAGUGGCACUGUGCCUUCUCCCUUGCCUGUGCAGUAAAUUCAGAUUAACACAGCUUCUCUGAAAAGUGCAGCCAGGGGCGCACAGCCAGAUUUGCAUGCAAGCACGUCAGCAGUGAAAGAGCAACAGGCCGGGUAUUAAAAGCGAAAGUACUUGGAUACAAAUAGUGCAAAGACAAAAGCGGCCUGCCUAUGUCGACUGCUGAUGUGCCUUGUGACCUCAAGCUGGCCCCUCAUCCCCUCUGGACUUGCCGUCCCCCCUGUGAGAGGAGGGGCGCCUGAGCUGGCUGGCCGUCCUCUCCGUUGAGCCUUUGCAGCAGAGUGGAAGGAGCAGCGGUUUGACGCCUCUCGGACGAAUACCUUUCUCUCGUGGCCAGGCUUAUUAUCCAUUUUCGAGACAUUCAUAACAAAAAAUCUCAAGCUUCCGUCAGUGACCCUAUGAAUGCACUACAGAGCCUGACUGGUGGGCCUGCUGCGGGAGCAGCUGGAAUCGGCAUGCCUUCUCGGGGCCCAGGACAAUCCCUGGGCGGGAUGGGUGGCCUUGGCACCAUGGGGCAGCCGAUGCCCCUCUCAGGGCAGCCGCCCCCUGGCACCUCGGGGAUGGCCCCCCACGGCAUGGCUGUUGUGUCUACAGCAGCUCCACAGACCCAGCUGCAGCUCCAGCAGGUGGCGCUGCAGCAGCAGCAGCAGCAGUUCCAGCAGCAGCAGGUGGCGCUGCAGCAGCAACAGCAACAGCAGCAGCAGCAGCAGCAGCAACAGCAACAGCAGCAGUUCCAGGCCCAGCAGAAUGCCAUGCAGCAGCAGUUCCAGGCGGUGGUACAGCAGCAGCAGCAGCAGCUCCAGCAGCAGCAGCAGCAACACCUGAUUAAACUGCAUCAUCAAAACCAGCAGCAGAUACAGCAGCAGCAGCAGCUACAGCGGAUGGCACAGCUGCAGCUGCAGCAGCAGCAACAGCAGCAGCAGCAGCAAGCUUUGCAGGCCCAGCCGCCACUACAGCAGCCACCGAUGCAGCAGCCCCAGCCUCCCCCUUCCCAGGCCCUGCCCCAGCAGCUGCAGCCGAUGCACCACCCACAGCACCACCAGCCGCCACAACCCCAGCAGCCACCAGUUGCUCAGAACCAGCCAUCGCAGCUCCAGGCGCAGUCACAGACCCAGCCUUUGGUGUCACAGGCUCCGGCCCUCCCUGGACAGAUGCUGUAUGCCCAGCCACAGCUGAAACUUGUCCGCGCUCCAAUGGUGGUGCAGCAGCCGCAGGUGCAACAGGUGCAGCAGGUGCAGCCCCAGGUGCAGCAGCAGACAGCGGUGCCGACAGCUCAGGCUUCCCAGAUAGUGGGUUCCGGAGUGCAGGUGAGGGCUUUUGGAACCCAGGUGAGGGCCUUUGGGGCCAGGGGCUUCUGUAGGCACUGGCAGGUGCAUGUCCACCUGUGCAUGGAGCUGGAUUUCAGGCACUCUACAGUGAGGGUCCUGGUUGUUUGGAUCAUGGGCAGUCUAGGAGCCAGCCCACAGGGUCUUCAAGGUGGCCAGCCUGGCUUGGUGUUACUGGAUUCCCCCCACCUCUCUUCAGACACCCUCAUCUUCCCCCUUCCCUCCUCCUCUGAGAACACACGUUGGAGAGGGUAGCAUUGUGGCCUCAACCUCUCCUCAGCUUGGAGUGCAGGGCUGGUGGCAGGUGUGCACUAGCAUUCUGGACACGGAAGAGCACAAGUAUGGUGGUGCCUGGCUCUAGUGGACUGCGUGGGUUUGUGCUGCAGCCCCUUGCCCAGCACUUUCCCAGUGCUUGCCCCCUGCGCUGAGAAGUGUAGCUGAGGCCCUUCAUGCCCACCCUCUGUGUUUUGGAUGUUGAUGGGAUGGAGUAGGCCUUGCCCAGCCUUUCCUGGUAGAGGCCAGAUUCUUAAUGGUGUUUGGGGUUGGAGAUUGGGCCUCAUGAUUUUCCACAGAUCCCCCAUCCUGCUGGUGCCAGGGAGAAGAGGCAUCUAGUCUGGGGCUUUGGUUCUGUCUCCACCUGGCAGUGGGAACACUGGCUCAGAAGAGAGUAUUGGCUUUAGAUAGAACAGACCUGUUAGGUGAAGUGCCACCUGCCCAGGUGCUGCCCUGAGCUGGGGUGCCACGCCACUGCCCCUGCUGUGCUCCUAUCCUGCUCAUUACCAGCGAGUCAGCCAAGCUCCCUGUCAGGUGCACAGCACCACAUGUUGAGCACUUCUGGGAUGCUGCGUGUUCUGUCAGUGUCUGAUGACAUCUCACUGUGAGGGAGGCUCAAACUGGGUCCUGUCUGGUCUCAGC